AUGGAAAACUUUACGAACGAGACUCAAGUUUUAGCGGAAGGUGCUGAAGCGGACAGCACCGGACUCAGUAUCCGCGCGCUAACCGGGUGCGUUCUCUUUCUCUUGAUUGUUUCUACAUUAUUAGGAAAUACGCUGGUGUGCGCUGCUGUUAUCAAAUUCAGGCACCUGAGGUCCAAAGUAACCAACUUUUUUGUCAUUUCUUUGGCCGUGUCUGACCUGUUUGUGGCGGUUCUUGUGAUGCCUUGGAAAGCUGUCUCAGAGGUGGCUGGGUAUUGGCUCUUCGGCAGAUUUUGUGAGACCUGGAUAGCUUUUGACAUCAUGUGCUCCACUGCAUCUAUUCUAAAUCUUUGUAUAAUCAGCGUAGACCGAUACUGGGCAAUUGCAAGCCCCUUUAGAUACGAACGUAAAAUGACACAAAGAGUCGCUUUUAUCAUGAUCGGUGUAGCAUGGACUUUAUCGAUACUUAUCUCCUUCAUACCCGUGCAGCUGAACUGGCAUAAGGCGGAGGAGGACUACACAGAUGCCAACUCCAGCAACCAUACCGAGGACUGCAACGCAAGUUUGAAUAGCACCUAUGCGAUAUCGUCGUCGCUGAUAAGCUUUUACAUUCCGGUUGUCAUAAUGAUUGGCACAUACACGAGGAUUUACAGAAUAGCGCAAACUCAAAUAAGAAGAAUAUCCUCUUUAGAAAGAGCCGUGGAGCAAGCACAGAGUCACCAACACCCCAGUGACUGUGCCAACGAGAACUCUCUUAAAACAACAUUUAAAAAGGAAACCAAAGUAUUGAAGACUCUUUCCAUAAUCAUGGGUGUGUUCGUGUUUUGCUGGCUGCCUUUUUUCGUACUGAAUUGCAUGGUGCCCUUCUGUGACAUAGGGGAACUUGGGGACCCUCCCUGCGUAAGUGACACCACUUUUAACAUCUUUGUGUGGUUUGGGUGGGCCAAUUCGUCCCUAAAUCCAGUAAUAUACGCCUUUAAUGCAGAUUUCAGAAAAGCCUUUUCAACCAUACUGGGCUGCAACAGGUUUUGCUCCAGCGCUCCUGUCGAGGCUGUUAAUUUUAGUAACGAGCUGGUUUCCUACCACCACGACACAACAUUGCAGAAAGACGCGCCUAUUGUCUUCACUACCGCUCAGCUUCCUUCGGUUGUACCCAACAACGGGGACGAUGUGGACCUACCCUUCGAUAAAGUUUCUGUCAUCUCAAAUACAUCCCGUAAUCACAGGAACCUUCUCCUACCCGCAAUCGUCCAGUUCGAGUGUGAGGCAGAAAUUUCACUGGAUAUGAUGCCAUUUACUUCCACGGGACCCAACGAAUGUUAUGCAAUCCCCGGGCAAAUAGGGGAGUAG